AUGAGGGACUCUCCUGAUCAGCAGUCAUUUCCUGAAGAGAGUGAUGGAUUCUAUGCAGGGAUUAAGUUUACACCAGAGUCAUUACAAAUUUCAGAGGAUGACAAAGAACAUGUUUUGACCAUUCUAAGUACUGUACCUGUUAUCUGCCAAGGUCAAGGUGACAUCUGUAAAAUUACUUUACAGCUGAAAACGGAAGAUUCUGAUAACUUAUUACUGGGGCUCCCAAACAUAGUCCUGUCGACAUGCCAAGUGGAUCUCCUGCAUAUACCCUGUACAGAAGGCGGCUGUGCAAGAGCCUCACUCACUGUGACAGCUGUGACAGACUUUGCCCAGGAUGGAGACCGCAUCAGCUAUAUCAGAGCUGAGCCAGUCACAAGGAGCGAACUACUCUGGAGAGCAUAUGCACCAAAGGAUGUAAAGGUCACAGUUCAAGACCUCCCAACAGGAAACUGCUACUCUUUCACUGAUCCACACAUUAUCACAUUUGAUGGAAGGCGUUAUGAUAAUUAUAAAAUUGGAACCUUUCUUUUGUGCAAGAUCCUGGCCCGUGUGUUUGAGGUACAUGUACGACAGUGGGACUGUGAAAGCCACCAGUAUGCUGUUGCCUGCAACUGCGGUGUAGCUGCAUGGGAGGGUAAUGACAUCGUCCUGCUAGACAUGUGUAAUGGUCAGUUUCAGGAAACCAGACUUCAGCUGUCUAUUAAAAGCAUUGGCACAUCACCUCGACGUGUCAAAAUCGUGAAUUCCUAUGGAGGGAAAAAAAUUACCAUCAUCUUCCCUUCAGGAGCAUUUGUUCGAGCUGAUGUAAGUGAGUGGGGAAUGAGUUUGACAGUCAGGGCACCAAGCAUCGAUUUUAACAGCACCAGAGGUUUGUGUGGCAUCUUUGAUGGGAACAGUCAUAAUGACUUCCAUAACACCAGCGGAAGUCCUUUACUAUCACACCAGAGUAACAUGCCUGAGGAAGACUUCAUAGAAGACUGGAGAAUACCUCCAGGGAUGAGUUUAUUUGACAAGACUCCACCAAUCUCUGAAGGGGAGAAAAGGAAAAAAUACUGCAGAUGUCAGAAGGAGCACACUCUAUCUCUGCACUCUGUAAAUACACAAAAUGUCUUUCAGAGUUCUUUCCCACAAUCUUUGGGCUGCCAUUAUGAUAAUGUGGAUUAUACUUCUGCAAUCCCAUAUCUAGAUGUUACAUCAGAAUAUGUCACUCGCUUAGAAACAGAAUCUACUUUAAGAAGUGAUGGGAAAAUGUUGGCCAAAGCAUUUGAUCAAAGAUAUCUGCCUAAAUCAGUCAAAAAGCGAGAUAGCCGUGAUGACAGCUUAAAACAAUACUCAAAAAAAGUUUCCUUGAAAAAUCAAAAAAACAAUGGUUUUAUUAACUCCACUAAGUCAGAAGCGCUGGAUAGAGCAAAAAGGCAAGAAGUCUAUUAUGAAUACUUACCUUUUUACCCAUUUCAAAACGAGAGUCAAAAGGACUUGGAAAGCUUUGCAUAUUUUUUCCCAGAGGAUUACUUUGAAGGGAUUCGGUCCAAAAUUCAGUCAAUAUGGCCUACUCAAGGUGGCCUAACCUCAACCAAAGCCUUGGAGAUCUGUCAGCAGGUUCUUGCUAAUUCUACUAUUGGCUCCAUCUGUAAAGACAUCCUUGGGAGACAGCUGGAUGAGGCAAUUGAUAUGUGCCUGUUAGAUCUGCAACUCAAGGAUGACCUGGCGUGGGAAGGUGCAAUGAUAGCAUUUUUGGAAAAUGAGUGUGAAAGAAAAGUGCAAGAAAAUAGAACUCAGCUGUUUCAUGCAGCAAAUGGGCUACUUGCCACUCACGAGGAAAUACUCAUAGCUCUCAGGUGUCCCAAUUUCUGUAAUGGCAACGGACAGUGCACAGAAUGGGGGUGCCAGUGCUUUGAAGACCACAGUUCCUAUGACUGUAGCAUUGCCAAGAAGAACACUCUGGAGAUCACAGGCUUAGAGGACAGGGGUCUCUGUGAUAUACAAGUUUCUGAUUGUAACAGGAUCCGGGUGUUUGGCCUCAGCUUCAGAGACUCUCCAGAUCUGCACUGUGAGGUCACCAGACUGAUUGUAAGCAAUGUACUAUGGGAGCACAAAGUCAAUCAGCAAUACAGUGGAACUAUUUACAUGCUUACAUUUGUAAAAGCAGCCAAUCCUCAUUUCAAUGGCAAUUGGAUAUCAAGAGAACAAGAACCCACAAAAGCAGAUUUUCUCAGCUCUACGGCCGUUGACGGCCAGAUUCCUGUUCUGAACGCCACAGAAACAGAGGCUACGCGCUUCAUGGCUGAUGAUGAACCAUUUGCAAGAUGGCAAGUGAAAGAAGAGACUUGUAACAUAGAUGGACUAUGCUACAGUGAAGGAGAUUCAAGCCCUACCAGUCUAUGUCUUCUCUGUGAACCUGACAUUUCUAAAUUCACGUGGUCUAUUAAUGAAAACAAUCUACCUCCUGUGUUCCAAGUCCCUUCCAGCCAGCUGCUGACAUUUAUUGGUGAGAAUUUUGUUUACCAGUUAAUAGCAGUGGAUCCUGAAGGGUCGGCUGUGCUAUUCAUCUUAGAGGCUGGGCCACAGGAUGCCACGCUGUCUCCUGCUGGCCUUCUUAUCUGGAAGGUCGAUUUGGAAGAACCGCAGAUCUUUGAAUUCACUGUGUCAGAUGAAUGCAAUGCACAAAGCAGAUACUCUGUUGAGGUUUUAGUGAAGCCUUGCAGCUGCAUGAAUGGUGGAUCAUGUGUUACCAAUAUUAACUUCCCUCCAGGAAUUGGUGAAUAUCUCUGCAUAUGCCCCAGUGGAUUUGAUGGAAACUUUUGCCAGGAAAAUAUAAAUGACUGCAAACCAAACUCAUGUGGGAGUGGCAUGUGUGUGGACAGUGUAAAUAGCUACACUUGUAAAUGUCCAGCUGGUUUGAAAGGGCUUACUUGUCAGGAAGAUGUGAACGAAUGUGAAGAGAAUCUUUGUUUUCCUGGAGUGUCUUGCAUAAACACCUUUGGAUCUUAUAUAUGUGGAACUUGCCCCAGUGGAAUGGAGGGGGAUGGUAAAUCUUGCAGAUCUGAGGCCACUGCUGACAUUACAGAAGAUUUCAUUACUGAUAAUAAAAAUGCCAAAGGUGAAUUCAACAAGAUAGAAAGUGAAUGGCCAAUGCAACCAUUAGAGGCGAAGAAAGCUCCUGCAAUUAAGAGUCCUAACAGUAGUGACACACAUGGUGGAAGAGCUGCCGUACGACCUAUAACUACUUGUGCCAAUAGGCCAUGCUUCCCUGGAGUCUUAUAUGUUGAUCGUAAACCUCCUGAUAUUGGGUACAUUUGUGGUCGGUGUCCAUCAGGUUUUCUUGGAAAUGGACAAAUCUGUACACAAACUCCUAGAGCAGUGUCAAGAUCUUCCUACAGUCAUACAGAUACUGCUGAGAGAGGUAAUACAGAUGCUAAAGGCUCCUACCAAGAAAAAGUUGUCAUAAAGUCAAGAAAUAUUGAUUCUAAACUUUCCCAGGCUCAAAUCCCAAGACUAGAACACACUUACCUCAUGACAAGAAACCCCACAGUCACUGAUAUUCAAUCACUUAUUUUGAAAAGGAGGGUUUCCCAUCCUCAGGCAUCAGAUACAAGAAAUACUGAUCCAGACUCCUUGCUACUUCCAAGAGCAUCUUCCCAUAAUAAAGUAAAAAUAAAUAAUUCUACACAGGAUCUACUUCUGCUUCAAGAACCUAACCCCAAAGCAGCAACUGUCAGAAUGACAACCCAAAUCUCCUCUGAUUAUAAGCUAAAUGUUAGAUCACAUGCAGCUGGGACUAUUUCUACCCAUCCUGAUAAGAACACAAGUUUAUUAGUUACAAGGCCACAUGCUGUUCGACGGAUCCAGCCAACAUUUGACUUUUCUCCUGGAAAAUGGUCCAGUAGGAUUGCAACUGCAAAGACUAAACCAGUCCAUGCUUUUAGAACAGACCAGCCAAGGAUAUCUGCUUUGACAGCACCACUAACCUCUUCAUUCCAUCUUAGAGCUCCUUUUUUGAGUAUGGCUCCCCAAAGUGCUAACUUCCCAGUACUUCCCAGAAUGUUUGUUCAAGCAAGGAUUCCAGAACAGACAACUGCAAUCAGAAAGUCAUAUGCCUCAGUGGGGGAUCAUUUGGCACUAUCAAAAACUAUUAAUGGGCUGCUGCAUCUGAACAAGAAAAUCACAUGUGCUAAUACACCAUGUUUUAACGGAGCGCAGUGUGAGCCAGCCAAAGAUGGAGGAUUUAAAUGUGCCCAUUGUCCCCCUGGAUACAAUGGUGAUGGAAUUACAUGUCAAGUGUUGUGUGAUCCACCUUGUGAGCAUGGAGGAACCUGCGUGGCUCAAAAUAGCUGUUCCUGUGCUUAUGGAUUUGUUGGUCCGAGAUGUGAAACAAUGAUAUGCAAUAGACAUUGUCAUAAUGGUGGGAAAUGUGUGUCACCAGAUGAGUGCAAAUGCAAAACUGGAUGGAGCAGUCCUUCUUGUGAAACAGCUAUCUGUAGCCCUGUUUGCCUAAAUGGUGGAAUCUGUGUACGCCCAAGUACCUGUGCUUGUCCUUAUGGCUUCUAUGAACCCCAGUGCCAAACUGCUCUUCGCCAUCCUCCUUGUAAGAAUGGUGGCCACUGUGUGAGAAACAAUGUGUGCACCUGUCCUGAGGGUUAUGCUGGAAGAAGGUGUCAGAAAAGUAUCUGUGAUCCCCUGUGCAUGAAUGGAGGGAAAUGUGUAAGCCCAGAUGUCUGUGACUGCCCAUCUGGUUGGACAGGCAAGCGGUGUAAUAAACCGGUUUGUCUGCAGAAGUGUCUGAAUGGUGGAGAAUGUAUAGGCCCCAGUGUCUGUAUGUGCUCUGAAGGAUGGAUAGGAAUGCUCUGCCAGACUCCUCUGUGUGAGAAGAAGUGUCUAUUUGGAAGCAGGUCUAUAAGACCAAAUGUAUGUGCCUGUAGAAGUGGAUAUACUGGUUUAACCUGUAGAAAGAAGGUAACAUGCAAAUUCAAAAAUACUGAAUAA